GUAUCCGUGCGUGCCCAAAGGAGCAAUGGAGACAGUCUGUUCCGACCACAAUGUAAUCGUCAUGUUUCGUGGCCGGCAAGUGCGACUGCAAGCAAGCGAUGAUAUCCCGGAUUUUACCGGCGUACUUCAGACACGACUGCGCAGCUCGAGAUCUUUAUGUUGCACUAUGUUUUAUCCGCUAAAACAGAGGCAAUAUCUUUUUGGGGAGGAGUACGGGCGAGAGUGUAACUGCCGUAAAUGCACCGAAGAAUUUGAUGCUGAUAUCAAUCCUCUGAAAUGUGUCACCGAUGGGUGUACAGAGCGUAUUCCGAGCGACGAGCGUGCAUUGCUUCCCUGUUCACAAUGCGGUGUGGUUAGCGCCGGAAAUUUGCACAAAUUUAAGAAGUUUAUGGCCAAAAACCAAGCACUUCUGCAAACUUGUGUGCCAACGGAAGACAAUAUGAAUUAUCAGUCGAUGGAGAUCAACAAAAUGACCAUUUUUAAAGAGCUGGAAAGUUUGAACGUUUUGCAGCCAGAUGCCCAUCUGCGCUACGCCUGCGGUAGGUGCGUGGCGGAAUACUAUCAGGAUAGCCAGCGAUACGAAGAGGCAUGUAAGCUCUUCCAGGAACUCAUCGUUUGCUUACGCAAGGUCUAUCCGAAGUACAAUGUGGAGCGCGCCGAGUAUCUGUGGAACGCCGCGUACUGCUCAAGAAAAUGGUUGCAUUGGUCUUUUGAGCAGGGUACGCACACUACACGGGAAGAAAAGCUCCGUGUGAUUCCAUUGAUAGCGCAAGCGGUUUCGGCGGGAGUCGAUUACGUAAAAGAAGCCCUGAUGAUCUAUGCCAAGAUUUGUGGACGGGAAUCGAAGGUCACCCAUGAGAUGGCCAGGCGACUGGAAAGGCAAAAGGAGGCAUCAGCACAGAUGCAACCAUUUCUUCAAUAUCGGGACGAACUUGUUACAUCCAACAGCCGCUGAUGCUUUUACAUAAUUGCCCAACGCGUGGUAUACCGUAGAUGUUGAUGAGUUUGGGGCACCCAGGUUUUUGCAGUAGUAUGGCUGAAAAUGUAAUAAGCCCGCGCUCUACAUUUUAGCAUUAUUACAUUCACGUCUGUUUUUUUUUGUAAUUUUCUUCUCUUUGAGUUACUUUCAGCGAUUUACAAUAAGCAUGACCAUGGUAAACAACUAGCUAAUGGUAAGAUAAAUAAGUCAAGUUACACUGGCAAGAGCCACUUGGCAAAUAGCUGCCUUACGAGAUGUUCGUCUGCAUUUGCAUAA